GCACAGUGAGAAUGAAUGAAAUGAAUGAAUGAAAUUCCACCUGAACAUAUCAGGUUAUGGGAUGGGAUGUAGAGUUAUCCAGCCCAACCAGGACGACGAAAGAGGUAACGCAUAUGUGUCGGCUGGGAUGCAGCAGCAUCAGCAUCAGCAUCCUCAGCAUCAGUACCAGCAGCAUCCUCCUCUCUAAAGCUGCUUCAGCACAGUCAGUCAGACCGAGGAGGAUGUAGGAUGCAGCCGGAGGAGGAUCCAGCCCAGUCCAGUCCGAGCAGCGGCACAUUUCUGCAGAAUUACCACCGAAAUGAACCACACUGCGAUUUAAAAUAGAUAAAGAAGCUAAAAAACUAUCAUCAGCAUCCUCAUUUUGAACUUCAGACACCCGGACUAUGGGAGUCGUCUGCGCGGAUGCAGCAGCUCAUCUACUGUACAACCGGCUCCAGAAGAAGUUGGGACAGCCACACAUCUGAAUGCCAUGACUCUUGACUUUGGACUAGAUUUCCAGCGCAGUGCAGAAAAGGUGGACUUCCACAUUAAGUGCAUUAUCUGAUCAACAUGUGGGAGUCUUUCUGAGGCAUGCAUGGCUAUUGAUCCCAUAGGGGUUAUUUAUUUAUUCACAGUAAUGGAAUGAAGUGCACUAUCUUGAAAUAAUGGAUGAUAGACCCAGUAAGCUCAUCUUGGUGCCUAUCUUAGCUGUCCUCUUUGUUAUGAUAGGUUACCAGUACAUAUGUCCAGCUGGCAGCAAUUCGUGCUACUUUAAGGCUGGGGAGAAAUUAAGUGGUGUGAGCUUACUCUACCAGGACAACAGCGAUGAUUUCUACAGAGAUCAGGACCUGGAGGAUGACAGCCCUCCUUACAAGCUGCCGUCCAAGUUCAACUUCACCGAGAGAGACCUGGACAGACACGUGGAGUUCAACAUCAAAGGGGACGACGUGAUCGUGUUUCUGCACAUCCAGAAGACAGGAGGGACCACUUUCGGGAGGCACUUGGUGAGGAAUAUCCGCUUGGAGCAGCCGUGCGACUGCAAGCCCGGACAGAAGAAAUGCACAUGUCACCGGCCGGGCAAAGAGGAGUCCUGGCUCUUCUCUCGGUUCUCUACCGGCUGGAGCUGCGGACUGCAUGCAGACUGGACCGAGCUAACGAACUGUGUGCCUGUCAUUAUGGAUAAGAAGGAGGCCCAGAGGAAUAAAAGGAACUUCUACUACAUCACCAUGCUGCGAGACCCAGUCUCCCGCUACCUGAGCGAGUGGAAGCACGUCCAGCGCGGAGCCACGUGGAAGACCGCCCUCCAUAUGUGUGACGGACGCUCGCCCACCCAGGACGAGCUGCCCACCUGCUACAGCGGGGAUGACUGGUCCGGUGUCACCCUGACAGAGUUCAUGAACUGCCCGUCCAACUUGGCCAACAACCGACAGGUCCGCAUGCUGGCCGACCUCAGCCUGGUGGGCUGCUACAACCUGUCCUCUAUGAACGAGAGCCAGCGCAACCACAUCCUUUUGAGCAGCGCCAUGAGCAACCUGAAGAACAUGGCUUUCUACGGCCUGACCGAGUUCCAACGCAAGACGCAGUACCUGUUUGAGCGGACGUUCAGCCUGCGCUUCAUCUCGGCGUUCACGCAGAUCAACAGCACGCGAGCCGCCAACGUGGACCUGAGCGAGGCCGUGCGCAGACGCAUCGAGGAGCUCAACUAUUUGGACGUGCAGUUGUACGAGUACGCGAAGGACCUGUUCCUCCAGCGUUUCCAGUUCACCCGCCAGAGGGAGCACCAGGAGGUGCGCUUGAAGAGACGCGAGGAGAGGCGUUGGCUGAGGGAGCAAAAAGAGCAGGGAAGGCCGUGGCCGCCCAAACACAGAGGGGGAGGAAAUGGAGGCGGGAGAAGGGGAGGCGGGUUGGAGAAAGGGACUGACGGUGACUUCCCCACCACCACUGAGGACUACACAAGCCAAGUGGCCCGUUGGUGAGGCUUUGGUCUUAAGAGAGAGGAGCAAGAGAGAGAUUCCUCACAGACUUGUUUAAACCUUUGACUCUCUCUCUCGCACAUCCUAUGUCUCUCUCUUUUUGCCUCACCAUUAAUCUGUCUCCUGCAUCUGUCUGUUUUCUCAGCUUCAGUGUGAUCCGAGCGCUCUGCUGUUUCUUUAUGAAAACUGCCAAGUCUGCGAGUCUCACAGCAGCUCUGCCUUGGAGUGCCCUUUGGUGUCUUAAAUCUUUAAAUGCUGUUUAUACAUUAUUUUUUUUUUUGGUCAUUUGAUUUUCGCCUUGGUUAUUUCAAUGUGUUGAAUAAGACAGUAAACUGAGGUGAAAAAAGAGAAAAAA